ACCCGCAAACACCGCGCACCACCCACCCGCGCGCGCCCUGUCCUGCGUAUAUACACACUCACUAUCGAUACGCCAGAGCAAAGAAAAACACGAAACCCUACAGAAUGUGCAACGAUUUUUGCGUUCUCCGUCCCAGCCCGCGUACUAUCGAUUGAUUUACGGUGUGUUCAAGAAUCGUUUCACUGGUGGGUGGUGGUGGUGGUGGUGGUUGGCUGCAAUUCCCUUCCGGUGGGUGCUGCUGCUGCACCACAGUUCGUCUGGAGGAAAGGUGGCCGGAUCUUGGUGCUGCUACCGUCUCCCGCCUCUCCCGUCUCCGCGAACGAUGGAGUACGAGUACAUGCUGAUGAGGAACGAGAAGGAAACGCAAAACCGCUGCUGCGGCGGACGCGUUUGGUGUGUACAGGACAUUUGCGGCAUCAUCUGUGCCGUUUUAACGUGGGGUUUAAUAUUGUAUGCGGAAUUCGUCGUCACAAUGGUGAUCCUGCUGCCCCAUCCUUACAAGGCCUAUCGGUACAUUAACUUUAUUAUCUUUAACACGGGCUCGUUCCUGGCGUUUGCAUCACACCUGCGUACCAUGCUGUCCGAUCCGGGUGCCGUACCGAAAGGAAACGCCACGAAGGAAAUGAUCCAGCAGCUCGGCUACCAGGAGGGGCAGGUGUUUUUCAAAUGUCCCAAAUGCUGCAGUAUUAAGCCGGAGCGUGCCCACCACUGUUCCGUCUGCCAGCGGUGCAUACGCAAGAUGGACCACCACUGUCCGUGGAUAAACAACUGCGUCGGGGAGAACAAUCAGAAGUUUUUCGUACUUUUUACGUUUUACAUCGCAUUCAUUUCCAUCCAUUCGAUAUUUUUGGCUGUAAAUCAGUUCUGCCUGUGCAUCAAAAACGAGUGGAGAGAGUGUUCCAACUAUUCGCCACCGGCCACCGUGAUACUGUUGCUCUUCCUCAUACUGGAAGCGCUACUGUUUGCCGUCUUCACGAUGAUCAUGCUCGGCACCCAGCUGAACGCAAUAUGGACGGAUGAAACGGGCAUAGAGCAGCUGAAAAAGGAGGAAGCCCGCUGGGUGAAGAAAUCGCGCUGGAAAAGCUUCCAGGCAGUGUUUGGUCACUUUUCGCUAGCAUGGUUUUCACCGUUUACGCAGCCGCUCAGAGCAAAGCAUGAAAAUUAUUUAUAUUCAGUCUAAAUAAAACAAAAAAACCACA